GGCGCCUGGACGCCUGAGUCGCCGUUCCGCACGACCUCCGCGCGGGGGAAGGACCGGCGCCGUGCGGCCGCGCUAGAAUGGAGGUACCCAGCGGCAGCGGCGGCGGCGACCCCAGCGGCGACGGGGCAGGGGACGGUGCCCACCCGGAUCCCCGGACCCCCGGCGCCUCUGCGCCCAGCUCCGGCCCGUGCGCGGCCGCCCGGGAGUCGGAGCGCCAGCUGCGCCUCCGCCUCUGCGUCCUCAACGAGAUCCUGGGCACCGAGAGGGACUACGUGGGCACCUUGCGCUUCCUGCAGUCGGCAUUCCUGCAUCGCAUCCGGCAGAACGUGGCGGACUCCGUGGAGAAGGGCCUCACGGAGGACAAUGUCAAGAUCCUGUUCUCCAACAUCGAAGACAUCCUGGAAGUUCAUAAGGAUUUCUUGGCCGCCUUGGAGUACUGUUUGCACCCGGAGCCUCAGUCUCAGCAUGAACUUGGGAACGUUUUCUUGAGAUUUAAGGACAAGUUCUGCGUGUACGAGGAAUAUUGCAGCAACCACGAGAAGGCCCUGAGGCUGUUGGUGGAGCUGAACAAGAUCCCCACCGUGCGCGCCUUUCUGUUGGAGCUGGCCAAGAGGACCCCCGGCAAACACCCGGACCACCACGCGGUCCAGAGCGCCCUGCAGGCCAUGAAGACCGUUUGCUCCAACAUCAACGAGACCAAGAGGCAGAUGGAGAAGCUGGAAGCCCUGGAGCAGCUGCAGUCCCACAUCGAAGGCUGGGAGGGCUCCAACCUCACCGACAUCUGCACCCAGCUCCUCCUGCAAGGGACGUUGCUAAAAAUCUCCGCAGGCAACAUCCAGGAGAGGGCCUUCUUCCUCUUCGACAACCUCCUGGUCUACUGCAAGCGGAAAUCCAGGGUCACUGGGAGCAAGAAGUCCACCAAGAGGACCAAAUCCAUCAAUGGCUCCCUCUAUAUCUUCCGGGGUCGGAUCAACACCGAGGUCAUGGAGGUGGAGAACGUGGAAGAUGGGACAGCGGAUUACCACAGCAAUGGCUACACCGUCACCAACGGCUGGAAGAUCCACAACACGGCCAAGAACAAGUGGUUCGUCUGCAUGGCCAAGACGGCGGAGGAGAAGCAGAAGUGGCUAGACGCCAUCAUCCGCGAGCGGGAGCAGCGCGAGAGCCUGAAGCUGGGCAUGGAGCGCGACGCCUACGUCAUGAUUGCGGAGAAGGGGGAGAAGCUCUACCACAUGAUGAUGAACAAGAAGGUGAACCUGAUCAAGGACCGCCGGAGAAAGCUGAGCACCGUCCCCAAGUGCUUCCUCGGCAAUGAGUUCGUUGCUUGGCUCCUGGAAAUUGGCGAAAUCAGCAAGAUGGAAGAAGGAGUCAACUUGGGCCAAGCCCUGCUGGAGAAUGGCAUUAUCCACCAUGUUUCUGACAAGCACCAGUUCAAGAAUGAGCAGGUGAUGUAUCGCUUCCGCUACGACGACGGCACCUUCAAGGCGCGGAGUGAGCUGGAGGAUAUCAUGUCCAAGGGUGUGAGGCUUUACUGCCGUCUUCACAGCCUCUACACCCCCGUGAUCAAAGACCGCGAUUACCACCUGAAGACCUACAAGUCGGUGCUGCCCGGGAGCAAGCUGGUGGACUGGCUGCUGGCCCAGGGAGACUGCCAGACGCGGGAGGAGGCCGUGGCGCUUGGCGUGGGCCUGUGCAACAAUGGCUUCAUGCACCACGUGCUGGAGAAGAGCGAGUUCAAGGACGAGUCCCAGUACUUCCGCUUCCAUGCCGACGAGGAGAUGGAGGGAACCAGCGGCAAGAACAAACAGCUUCGCAACGACUUCAAGCUGGUGGAGAACAUUCUGGCCAAGCGCCUGCUGAUCCUGCCCCAGGAGGAAGACUACGGCUUCGACAUCGAGGAGAAGAACAAGGCUGUGGUGGUGAAGUCGGUCCAGAGGGGCUCGCUGGCUGAGAUGGCCGGCCUGCAGGUGGGGAGGAAGAUCUACUCCAUCAACGAGGACCUGGUGUUCCUGCGGCCCUUCUCGGAGGUGGAGACCAUCCUCAACCAGUCCUUCUGCUCCCGCCGCCCGCUGCGCCUCCUGGUGGCCACCAAGGCCAAAGAGGUCAUCAAAGUCCCCGACCAGCCCGACUCACUGUGCUUCCAGAUCCGCGGAGCUGCCCCGCCAUACGUCUAUGCUGUUGGGAGAGGCUCGGAGGCCGUGGCCGCAGGGCUCUGCGCUGGUCAGUGCAUCCUGAAGGUCAACGGCAGCAACGUGAUGAACGACGGGGCCCCCGAGGUCCUGGAGCACUUCCAGGCGUUCCGAAGUCGACGAGAAGAGGCCCUGGGCCUGUACCAGUGGAUCUACCACACCCACGAGGACGCCCAGGAGGCGCGAGCCAGCCAGGAGGCCCCUGGCGAGGACCCCAGUGGCCAAGGGGACCAGGAGGAAGACCAGCCCGAUGCAGCCUUCCCUCUGCUGUCCCUGGGUCCCCAGCUGAGCCUGCACGAGGACAGCCCUGUGGUCAGCCUGACCGUGGACAACGUGUACCUGGAGCACGGCGUGGUGUACGAGUAUGUGAGCACAGCAGGCGUCAAGUGCCAUGUGCUGGAGAAGAUUGUGGAGCCCCGUGGCUGCUUCGGCCUCACUGCCAAGAUCCUCGAGGCCUUUGCUGCCGACGACAGUGUCUUCGUGCAGAACUGCGGGAGGCUCAUGGCCCUGAGCAGUGCCAUGGUGACCAUGCUUCACUUCGAGUUCCGCAGCACCUGCGACACCAAGCUGGAGCGCAUCGGCCAGAGGAUCACCUGCUACCGGGAGUUUGCAGCCCAGCUGAAGAGCAGGGUCAGCCCACCCUUCAAACAAGCAUCCCUGGAGCCCCAUCCGCUACGUGGCCUGGACUUCUGCCCCACCAAUUGCCACGUCAACCUCAUGGAAGUGUCCUACCCCAAGACCACCCCCUCGGUUGGCAGGUCCUUCAGCAUCCGCUUCGGCCGCAAACCCUCCCUCAUUGGCCUUGACCCAGAGCAAGGCCACCUGAACCCCAUGUCCUACACCCAGCACUGCAUCACCACCAUGGCUGCCCCAUCCUGGAAGUGCUUACCUGCUGCAGAGGAAGACCCCCAAGGCCAGGGUCUCAAUGACAGUGUCUUUGGGCCAGCCAGUGGGGCCCUAGGCCAGGAGGACCGGGGCCUGAGCUUCCUGCUCAAGCAGGAGGACCGGGAGAUCCAAGAUGCCUACCUGCAGCUCUUCACCAAACUGGAUGUGGCCCUGAAGGAGAUGAAGCAAUACGUCACCCAGAUCAACAGGCUGCUGUCCACCAUCACGGAGCCAACCUCGGGGGGCUCUUGUGACCCGCCCUUGUCUGAGGAGGCCUCCUCCCCCCCACUGGUCAGUGACGAGAGUGAGCUGGACAGGACUGACCAUGGGGGCAUGAAGAAGGUGUGCUUCAAGGUGUCCGAGGAGGACCAGGAGGACUCGGGCCACGACACCAUGAGCUACCGCGACUCCUACAGCGAGUGUAACAGCAAUCGGGACUCGGUCCUGUCCUACACCAGCGUGAGAAGUAACAGCUCCUACCUGGGCAGCGACGAGAUGGGGUCUGGGGAUGAGCUGCCCUGUGACAUGCGGAUCCCGUCGGACAAGCAGGACAAGCUUCACGGCUGCCUGGAGCAUCUCUUUAACCAGGUGGACUCCAUCAACGCACUCCUCAAGGGGCCAGUGAUGAGCAGAGCUUUCGAAGAGACCAAGCAUUUCCCCAUGGACCACAGCUUGCAAGAGUUCAAACAGAAAGAAGAGUGUACGAUCCGUGGCCGGAGCUUGAUCCAGAUCAGCAUCCAGGAGGACCCCUGGAACCUCCCCAACUCCAUCAAGACCCUGGUGGACAACAUCCAGAGACACGUGGAAGAUGGGAAGAACCAGCUACUCCUGGCCUUGCUGAAAUGCACAGACACGGAGCUACAGCUGCGCAGGGACGCCAUCUUCUGCCAGGCCCUGGUGGCCGCCGUGUGCACCUUCUCGGAGCAGCUGCUGGCGGCGCUCAGCUACCGCUACAACAACAACGGCGAGUACGAGGAGAGCAGCCGCGACGCCAGCCGCAAGUGGCUGGAGCAGGUGGCGGCCACGGGCGUCCUGCUGCACUGGCAGUCCCUGCUCUCGCCGGCCACUGUGAAGGAGGAACGGACCAUGCUGGAGGACAUCUGGGUGACCCUGUCAGAGCUGGACAACGUCACCUUCUCCUUUAAGCAGCUGGACGAGAACUACGUGGCCAACACCAACAUCUUCUACCACAUUGAGGGCAGCCGGCAGGCGCUGAAGGUCAUCUUCUACCUCGACAGCUACCACUUCUCCAAGCUGCCCUCCCGCCUGGAGGGCGGGGCCAGCCUGAGGCUGCACACGGUGCUCUUCACGAAAGCCCUGGAGAACGUGGAGGGGCCCCCUCCUCCAGGCAGCCAGGCCGCGGAAGAUUUGCAGCAGGAGAUCAACGCGCAGUCCCUGGAGAAAGUGCAGCAGUAUUACCGCAAACUCAGGGCGUUUUACCUGGAACGGUCUAACCUGCCCACGGAUGCCAGCACCACGGCGGUGAAGAUAGACCAGCUGAUACGCCCCAUCAACGCCCUGGACGAACUCUGCCGCCUCAUGAAGUCCUUCGUCCACCCCAAGCCUGGGGCUGCGGGGAGCUUGGGCGCCGGCCUCAUCCCCAUCUCCUCGGAGCUCUGCUACCGCCUGGGGGCGUGCCAGAUCGCCAUGUGCGGCACAGGCAUGCAGAGGAGCACCCUGAGCGUCUCCCUGGAGCAGGCGGCCGUCUUGGCGCGGAGCCACGGGCUGCUGCCCAAGUGCAUCAUGCAGGCCACGGACAUCAUGCGCAAGCAGGGCCCCAGGGUGGAGAUUCUGGCCAAAAACCUGCGAGUCAAGGAUCAGAUGCCGCAGGGCGCACCGCGCCUCUACCGCCUCUGCCAGCCGCCGGUGGACGGAGACCUCUGAACACCCAGAUGCCGCAUGCUGGGCUGUGUCCUCUGGAGCUGGGAUUUGGGAGGACACGGGACAGCGCCGGCCUUCCCAGAGAUGGCCCGAGGCGUCUGCUGCCACCUGCUCCGGGAUCUGCCCAGAUUCCGCCACUGCCUCCCUCGAGGGCAAGCCUGGGCUCCCACUCUUCGAUCAGCCCUGGACUGCCACAUGCUCCACCUUCUGCCAGAAGCCGGAGGGGUGCUGGAGACCCACAGGGCUGAUGGGGCCGCGAGGGCCUGGGCUCCUGCCUCCAAGUCCCCAGGACACGGGACAGUGAUGGGGUACCACAGCUGGAAGCUCACAGACCCAGCUCCGUCGGGACGGCCCAACCUGCACUUUUGAAACCCCUGGUUUCCUCCUAAUCCACAUUCCGGGAGACCACACGUGUCUCCUCCUGCCCGUAGCUUCCAGAUUCAGCCCUAACCCGUACUAACCUGCCUGGUGGACCCGGAAGAGCCGGUGCUCUGCCAGGGAAGAUGGAGACGGGCCCCACACCUGCUGCCGAGAGGACCCUUGAAAGCCACACCAGCUCCUCACAUCGCGGCCACUGGACCUUGAGCCGUCAGCCCUGGGCAUGAGAUUUGCUCCGACUUUUAUUUAUGUGGCGUGAAAUCUCUGGUUUAUUUGGGGAUUUUUUGUUGUUGGUGUCGUCGAUAUUUUUUUUUCUAAAGUGUGAUUAUAUAUUUGACAUUUUAAAUUUCGAAGAAAGGUAUAUUGUCUAACAGGGACCAACAUAUGGUAGCAUUGACGACUUUUCCCAGUUCUACUAAAAAAAAAAAAAAAAAACUAAAUUAUUGAAAAUUUUAAAAAUGUCAGUAUUUCUUCUUUUUUAA